AUGGCUUGUUGUGAAUCAUGUGGUAGCCAAACUGCCCAAAAGUGUGGUAACUGCAAAAAAGUUUGGUAUUGUAGCAGAAAUUGUCAGAAGGAGGAUUGGAAGGGUCACAAAAAUUAUUGUGGGCCUUUUGAAGUGAAAGAAUGUCCAGGAAAAGGAUUGGGACUGUUCGCGACCCGUGAUCUGGCAAUUGGGGACCUGAUUAUCAGGGAGGAUCCCAUUUUGUAUAUUGAAGGGGGUACAGAUCAAAUUUUACAGAAUCCUGAUGUAUUUAAAGCUGCCUUUGAAAAGUUGGACAAAUCCGAUAAGGAACGAAUUCUGGCACUUAGUGGGGCUCAUUCGAAUAAUCUCGUUAAGAUUUUUGGAGUGCCGCUGUCGAACGGAGGAGAAUGGGAAACUGCACACAGAAUAUUUACUAAUAAUUGUAUAGUAGCUAACAGAUAUCAAGACGCAGCGUUAUUCUACACAAUAAGUAGAAUAAAUCACAGUUGUUCACCGAACGUAGAGUGGAGCUACGUAGAGAACAAUUCUCAAGCGAAGGAAAUUAGGGCUCUAAGAAAAAUCCAGAAAGACGAGGAAAUUUUAGCAGACUAUAUCGCAGAGUCCGGUAAAUUUGCGGUGACCAGGAAAAGAAAGGCACUACUUCAGAUAAAGUUCGGUUUCGCUUGCAUGUGUUCUCUCUGUUCGUCGGAUCACUUUCUAAAUGACAUAUUGAGAGUGAGAUUGCAGAAACUUUCUCAUCAUAUCCGGGCUUCUGAAAACCUAAACAACACUGCUAGAGCUGCUCUUGAAAAGUGCCAAAUACUGGCAUUGGAAAAUUGCAACGAUCUCCGUCACGAGCUGCCAAUGGCUUAUCUUGAUCUGUACGAGAUUCUCCGCGAUAUCAAAAUGUCUGGCCUCAAACUAAGACCUCUUGACGGCAUGGUGCCAAACCAUGAAUUUUACAAACAGAAAUCAUUGGAAAUAAUUGAACAAACUAAACUAGCGCAUAGUAAAGCAGCAUUUACGGGAAGAAUGAGAGAUCUUGCACUGCGCCAUCUUCAAGUAUGACUAACUGGAUCAUGAAGAAUUUGGAACUGCCAUGACUGUCACUGAUACACAAUUCUGAAGUUUAAGAAUUGUUUAGAGAUAAAGGUUCAGAUGCAAUCACUUCGUUCAGAUUGAUAGUUAGAUCAUAGAACAUUUAUAACUAUAAAGUUAUGAUAUGUCCGGUUUUAUGCCACGAGGUAAGAUUUUUAUUAUUGGGUAUUUAACUAGGUUUUAGUCUCACUCAUAACUAUAACAUAUCAUUUCAUUUUGAACAACCAAAUUUAUAAAUUUUCCAUCAUAUCAUGGUUUUCUCCCAAAUCAUGUCGUUUGUAAAUAUUAUUAGUUAUGAACGAUGUAGUGGACCGAGGUUAAACUUAAUGUUUCCGUUUUUGCCACUUGUUGCAUGUCUGGCCACGAAAAGAGAAAUGCAACUUAUAGUUAUAUAAUUGUGUCUGCAAAUAAAUGAAAUGAGUCGCUACUUGCUUGUUUUUUCCAUA